AUGAAAAGGCUUCCUGCUAAAUCGCUGGCAGUAUUCAGAUCGGUUUCGAAAGCUUGGAAAUCAGUAAUCGACCGCCCUCUCUUUAUUGCCUAUUACACCAACUUUCACCAGCAUCAUCGGCUUCUUAUAUGGAAUGAAGUCAACAUCUUUGAAUCAAAAUAUGUAUCCAUUAUGGACAAUGAAAGUCUCUCCCAACACACUCUUACUAAUGUUCCUGCGCCGUUAGAACAAAUUGAGAAUCUAUCACUUAUUGGUACAUCUAAAGGGUUGUUAUGUUUUUCCGGUUAUUUUCAAGAGGUUGGUUGUAUGAAGGAAAGAGCUGUGGUUUGGAAUCCGUCACUUGGAAAAUCUAUUGCUAUUGAUCUGCCUUGCCAUGCAAUUUGGUUAGGUUUUGGGGUUCGUUGUGACCCUAUGAUUGUGUUGAUGAAUGCUGUUGAACAUCCAUACCCUGCUUUUGUGUUUACCUUAAGCUCACGGGUUUGGAGGGUUCCAUGUGGUAAUCUGCCUCCUAACUCAAUCCAUUCUUCAUACUCGCCUCUAGUAGCUACAGAUGAUCGGUGUAUUUAUUGGGAAGUUCAUGAUAGGGAACAUCUAGUUGUUGCGUUUGAUAUGGUGAGUGAAGACUUUACAGAAAUAAACCUCCCUCAUUGUGUAGCAGACCUACCUUUUGGAGCUUUUUCCAUCUCUAAGAUAAGGGGGUCUCUUGCUCUACUUGAAUACUGCGAUGACGCCAAGAAACCAGUUUAUGGUGUAUGGAUGAUGGCAGAGGAUGGUGUUUCAAAAUCGUUCACAAAGCUAUUCACCAUCAACAUACCACAUACAUCAUUAAAACCUACGGUACUAGGAUAUAGGAAUAAUGACCAACCUUUUAUAGAAACAACGACUAAUGAUAUAUCCGCAUCACUAGAAGUUUAUGAACCACGCACAGGAACCAUCAAGAAUCUCGGGAUCAAUGGUGAAUGUGAUUCAUUCCAUCUGAGUUCUUAUACAGAAACUUUACUUUUGCUCGAUCAGUUGGAUGAGGAAUUUGUAAAGAUAUCAUAUGAUUCUGAUAUAGAUGUGGAAUCAAUAUGUGAUUACAUUAAAUCAGAAUUUGAACCUUAUUUAUGA